AUGCAAGACCAGAGGAAAAACGGGGAAAAUGUAUUGUUCUGUUCUUAUCGUGAUAUUUUAAAUGAUCCCAGACGUUUCUUCAACUGUGAUGAAACGGGAUUGCAAACAUGCCCAGAAUCGGGGCGUAUUUUUGGACCAAAUGCGUUAAAGGAUUUUUAUGAUAUUGCAUCUGGGAAUGAGAAAGAAUGUGUUACUGUACUAUGUACUUAUAGUGCUGAUGGUGGAGGAACUCUACCGAUGGUUUUUUAUCCAUACAAAAGAAUAUCGACUUCGAUAAUGACUUCUUUCCCUGGAAAAUGGCUAAUUGGAAGGUUAGAUACUAGUUGA